UGGAUUCCACUCAUUCAACCACUCUCCAUUCCUAUAAAACUCGGCAUUGACUUAGCUCCGCUCUUUCUCCUCCAACGCGGAGGGCUCAGGGGUAGCUCAACUUCCUUUUUCUCUCUAAAUCAAACCAAAAAAAGAUAAAGAAUAAUGUUGAGAAGCUCUUCAUCACCAAUCUUGAAUUCAUGGAUACCCAAUUCAACAGCCGGGUCAUCUCCCGAACCCGAUAUUUUGCCUCUGUUGACAAGAACCCGAUCUGUCUGCUUGACAAUGUCGUUUAGUUUUGAAGAUAGCCUGGGUAGAAGCACUCCAACUCGACCCGUAUUAGAGUCGGACCUCAGAGAGCCUUUCAAGCCCGAGAAGAGUGUGAAGCUGGCAGGGACCCCCAAGCCUGUGAAGAUCAAGGGGAGAAGAGAAGGGCUGGAGGUAGGGUCCGGCUCCAUGUUGUUGUCCAGCUCCGGGCUGGGAGCGCCGGAGGAAGAGGGGUGUGUGGCGGUUGCAGAGAAGGCGAGGGUGCCGCAGGCCGCUGUGAUGGACCGUGGAAGCGGUGUAGGUGGUGGCAGGGUGUGCGGAGGUGGCGGAGGUGGUGGGAGGGGGUCGGAUGACGGCUUGGGAUCUGGUUCUCAAGAUCCGAAUAGCCAUGGGAAUGAGAAUACGGAUUCUUAUUACCGAAAAAUGAUUGAAGCAAACCCUAACAAUACUCUCUUGUUGGCAAAUUAUGCCAAGUUCUUGAAAGAGGUACUUAUUACAAUUAAAUCAAGAAGCAUUUUUUCGUUGUCUUAUCAAAAUUCUUUACAAUUCUUGAUCAAACUGAUCCCAAUUUUACACUAUNAAACACGAACUCGCAAGAACACCGACGAAAGAAAGAAGUCGAAGAUAUUUGCACUGACUACUCGGCCUUUGACAACUCCUAAACGUCCAUUGAGCCUUUUGGUCAAUUUUCAUGAUCAUCCGUGCAGUUAUGUGCUAGCAUCCUAUGCUAGAUUUUUGUGGGAUGCUGAAGACGAAGAAGAAGAGGAGGUUGAAAACCGAUAUGAAAUAGACAAAACUGAUACUCCUCCCAAGUUCUUUAAAGAGGCAUCUCAUUGGCCUCCCCUAGCCGCAGCUUCUUAAUCUAAGCUCACUAUCUACAUUGGCCUGUGUUACAGUCAUACUAUAUGAGUCGAGAGCUCUAGAAAAACUUAGUAGAGAAAUAACCCAUCUCCGAAUUUUGUUUUUCGGUCGCUCUCUCCCCUCCCUCCACUUAGUAGAUAACACUUGGUCUGCCAUUGUGGUGGUUGCUGCCUCUGCUGUUGUCUAUUUUCUGAUGUAUAUGUGUGAAGAAAAAUAAGUGAACUGACUGUAACUUUGUGUCUGUAAUAUUAACACAGUUUUCUUUUUAAGCAGAUUUCAUUCUUCUGGCACAAUAA